AUGACAAAAGAUACAAUAUUAUUUAUAAGUACAAAUAAAAAACCAAUCAUAGCUCUUGAUUGUAAUGGAGUUCUAUUUGAUUAUCAUGCGAAUUUUGCAAUAAUUUAUGAAAAAGCAUUUGGAAAACAAUUAACUAUUGUUGCACUUAAUUCUUAUCAUGUAAGUUUAAUUAUGGGGUGUGGGUGGGUGGUGUGGGUGUGUGGGUGUGGGUGGGUGGUGUGGGUGUGUGGGUGUGGGUGGGUGUGGGGUGUAUGUGGGCGUGGAUGAGACUAAUUAGAAUGACAACACCCAAACCCACACCCACACCUACAUCCACACCCACACCGACACACCCCAAAAACUCACACCCACCCUGAUUGAAAUUGGAUGACAAAUAAAAAAGUUUCCGUCUGAGGAGCUUCCCUUAAAGAAUACUAGUAUAUUCUUUUCUUGAUAGAUAAAACUUAUUCGUAUACAUCGUCAGCUUACUGAUACUUUAUACUAAAUUACAACAUAGUGUUACCAAACUAUUCGUCCAAUCAGCUUGAACUCGUUACGAUAACAAAGUUUAAUUUCGAAAUCGAGCUCCCUUCGCCAUUGAAACAAGUGAAUAUUCACUAUUUCUUCGCACAGAAAAAGCACGGCUUACAAGAUCAAAUGCUCUCCUGCUUCCUGCAUGCUCUGUAUGCUUAAAUCAAAUGAGUGUAACCUGAUGAUUACUGAUCGCAUAGUGUAAAAUAUUAAGAUCAUGGAUGCUCUAUUCCUCCUCACCUCUAAAGCAUUUAUGCGAACGAGACAAAAAAUACACAGAUACUGAUGAGUAUAGUGACGUGAGCAGGACAAUGAUGUUAUCAUAAUCGUUAUCUUUGCUUAUUCUCGAACUACUUCUACUGCUCUUUCUCUCCAUAUAUUUUCACCUAGCCGAGCGCGAUAGUUGAGAACUGAUAAAUAAUACAUGUUUCAAACAUGACUUCGACUGUUGUUUGGAUCGAUCUUCGUCCAGUUACAUCGGAUGACGAUCGUACGAAGUCAAAUUUGAGUACUGGACUACAUCGAUUUUCUGUUAAAAUAGAAGUAUACAACGACGUCACAGAAGCAAUCGAAUAUAUCUCUAAACAAAAUCAACACGAUCGCAUAUUCGUGCUUAUCUCUGGUGGUCCUGUGGGCAACGAUCUUAUAAUGCAUCUCAGCUCAUUUCCUCAAGUCAGUCACCGUAUUGUAUUUGGUUCUAAUCAAGAAAACUCAGAAGUCCGAAAUGCAAGGUGGUCUACUAUACGGCAAAGCUUUUAUGCUAAAUCUGUCAGUUGCGAGGAAUCUUUGCCACACCAAGUCGUUGAGGCUCAUGAAUUUCCUAUAAUACACCGGGCACUUGAAGAAAAAUCUCUACAUGUCCUCAAGCGAGAAUCAAUCAACUUUAUGUGGUUCCAACUGAUGACGGAGGCGCUUGCUCAUCUACCUUCUAGUGAUCGCGCAAAAAAAGAAUUAAUCGCGGAAAGUCGUGCUCAGUAUCAAUCGAAUAAUGCAGUGCUUGAACAGAUUUUAUCAUUUGAUGAAAAUUAUACAGCUGAUCAAGCACUGAGGUGGUACACAGGUGAUUCAUUUAUCUAUCGUCUACUCAAUCGAUCGUUUCGCUCGAAAGAUAUCGAUGAAAUCUUUAAAUAUCGAUAUUUUAUUUCGCAUCUUCAAAAUCAGUUAAUGAGCUUGCAUCAAGAGCAAAAUAUGAAUAGAAAAAACAAGCAAAUAACUCUGUUUCGCGGUCAGUACUUACACGACGAAGAAUUCUGUCGUCUACAUGAAAAGGAAUAUAUCGCGAUGAAUACAUUUUUAUCAACUACGACAGAUGCUGCUGUCGCACUGCUCUAUUGUGAUACGCUACGCUCUGGUAUGGUGGCCGUGAUUUUUCAAAUGGAUAUUGAUACAGAAACCCAAAAGACACCAU